GAAGAAUGGGAAUAAAGGAAGCUUUGGUUCGAUUCAUAAGUGGAGGGGGAGGCAUAGGCGGAGUAAGAGAAAUGCCGGCGCCGGUCAUAGUGGAAAUGUUUUAUCUUCUGCAACACCAACUGCUUUGAAUUCUUCUGCUACUUUCAGUAAGCUCGCCAAUGAUGUUACCGAAGACAGCAUGGCUUCGGUUAAUUCCGAAGAUGGCAGGGGAACUGCAAAAGAGAUAGAAUUGUCUAAGCAAGGUUUUGAGGCUUUACAAAUGGAUUACGACUCUUUUGCUGAGAUAAAUCGAUGGAUGGAAACGAAUUAGCGAUGGCGAUCAAGCGAUCGGCAUCGAAUCAGGAUUUCAAUGGCAGUGACAAAAACACACUCAGAGUCUUAGGACAAGCUCUAGAUGAGGAGCAUGCUACCUGUGCUGCUCUGUACAUUGAGCUCGAGAAAGAAAGAAGUGCUGCUGCCUCUGCUGCAGAUGAGGCUAUGGCAAUGAUACUACGCCUUCAAGAAGAGAAGGCAGCGAUCGAGAUGGAAGCUAAGCAAUACCGGAGGACGAUCGAGGCAAAAUCUGCAUACGAUGCUGAAGAAAUGAACAUUCUUAAAGAGAUAAUGAUAAGAAGAGAAAGGGAAAAGUAUUUCUUGGAGAAGGAAGUUGAAGCUUGCAUGCAAAUGUUUUACAGGAAAGAGCAAUUGGAGGCCGAGGCUGAUACAUACGACAUCACGGUCAUGCACGAACGAGGGACCUCAAGCGAGGAGCAGGGUCCACUGCCGGUUCAGCAGUUCAAUCUACAGAUUGCCGAGUUAGACGGAGCUGCUGGCUUUUUAAGUUCUAGUAUUGAAAAAAAUGAAGCAAAUAUAUUUCGAAGUGAUGAUGAGAAUCUUAAUCAUCAAGAAAGACAUGUUGAUGAGAAAACGAUUAAUGGUACGGGAGUAGAAGAGAAGCGAUGCGGUGAUGCCGAUCCAGACAAACAGUUGACACCGAAGACCACUGAGCCAAAUAUAAUUUUCCCUUGCAACAAUGAAACAUGGAGAAGAGUGGAGAAGAUUUACAUGGCUCAGAUUCUGGUUUCGAUUGUCGUGUUAUCGAUGUUCAUGUCAUUAGUGGGGCAUCGAACGUGA